GAUGCACUAAGCAGAGCAAACUAAUGCUAUGGCGAGCUCAGACGAACGAACGUCGUUAGGAAGCAACUACCAAGUGUUUCUAAGCUUUAGAGGACCUGAUACUCAUGUUGGAUUCACCGACGUCUUAUAUCAUAGCUUGGCCGAGACUGGAAUAUGCGUCUUCCGAGACGAUGAAGAGGUUCGUGCCGGUGAAAGGAUCGAUGGAUCGCUUCAGCGAGCGAUCGACAACUCUUGGAUCUACAUACCUGUCUUCUCUCGGACCUAUGCUUCGAGCCGAUGGUGCCUCCACUAGCUCAUGCAGAUCGUGGCAAAUACUUCCAUAUCGGAAGGUAAAAAAGGGAUCCUACCUAUUUUCUACGAUGUGGAACCCGACGAUGUUAAGUUGAAAACUCCGUUGUAUCAUGAUGCAAUACUGAAUUUGGAGCGCAAGAAGAAGUUGAGCACUGAGCAAGUAGAUGCGUGGAGAAGGGCUCUCAUGGAGGUUGAUGCAAUAAAGGGGUGGGAAGUGAAGAAGUACAAAGGUUAUAGUGAUGUGAUUAAAUUGGUAGUUGAGGAGGUCGUGAAAAAGCUGAAGAUAAAAAAUAGAUCAGUGACUGAAAAUUUAGUUGGAAUUGAUGAUCAAGUGAUGGCAGUAACUGAAUUGUUAGACGUUGAUUCUGGCUGUGUGCGGCUCAUUGGAAUUUAUGGCAUGGGAGGUAUCGGUAAAACAACUCUUGCCAAGGUGGUUUUCAACCAACUCUCUUUUCAUUUUGGAAAGUGCUGUUGUUUCCUUGAAAAUAUUCAAGUGAAGUCGUCAAGAACUACUGGCUUAAUUGAGUUGCAAAAAAAAUUAUUAUCUGAAAUUAGCAAUCCUACAGGAGCAAGGAGCAUUGACGAAAUUGAUUAUGGAACAAAGAGGACUGAAGAAGUACUUAACAAUAAGAAAGUCCUCAUUGUACUUGAUGAUGUUGCCGACAGCAAACAAGUGGAGGAAUUAGUUGGAAGGAGUACUUUGUAUCCAGGAUCUCGAAUAUUGAUUACGACUAGAAAUAAAGAUGUUUUGCGAAUCAGUAGACCAAGCUAUCAGAUCUCAGAAUAUGAAAUGGAGGUGAUGAGUAGUGAUUGUGCGCUUGAGCUUUUUAGUAGGCAUGCAUUUAACAAAGACUCUCCAUCAGAUGAUUACAAGGAACUUUCAAGGGAAAUUGUAUCUGCCACUGGGAGACUUCCAUUAGCAAUUGUAGUAAUUGGUUCAUUCCUCUCUGGCAGAAGGCAACAACUAUGGAAAGAAACAUUGGAUAAGUUAAGCAAAGCACCUCAUGAAGAUGUUUUUGUAAAGUUGAAGAUCAGUUAUGAUGCCUUAACUUACGCGCAACAACAAAUUUUCCUCGAUAUUGCAUGCUUUUUCAUUGGUGAGCAUAAGAUGUAUGCAAUUUACAUGUGGAAAGAUUGUGAUUUUUUCCCGGAUAUUGAAGUUGAUGUCCUCAUUAGCAUGUCAUUGGUAAAGAUUGUGGAAAAUGCAUUUUGGAUGCACGACCAACUCAAAGAUCUUGGAAGGGAAAUAGUUCGUCGAGAAAAUCCAGUAAAUCCUGGAGAGCGGAGUAGGAUAUGGAUUCAGAAGGAGGUCCUUGAUGCAAUAAGAACAAAGGAGAUGAAGAAGAACGUUCAAGCACUGGAUCUUUAUCUAGGCGAUAAACCUAAGGUCGCUAUUAAAAGCGAAGAGAUUGGAAGAUUUGAACGUCUAAGGUACCUCAAAUUAGAUUCAGGAACCUUCAGCGGUAACUUAGCAAAUAGUCUUACCAAUUUAAGAUGGAUUGUUUGGAGAAAUCCUCCUCGCUUUUUUAAGCCAGCCAAUAUUUGCUUAGAGAAUGUGGUCGUUCUUGAAUAUUUAGACGAUGCCUACAUAGAUAAUUCGAAGCUACAGAGCUUAAUCAAGAUGGCAGAAAAAUUGAAAGUUCUUUCUCUUGAAGGGUGUCACAACAUAAACAGAAUGCCAGACUUCUCCGGAUGCCCAAAUUUAGAGAGGCUUAUAAUCAAAUCAUGUGAUAAUUUGAGGAAAAUUGGUGGCUCUAUUGGGAAGUUGGAGUCUCUAAUUGAUCUGAAGAUUGGGCAUUGCCAUUCUCUUGAAGAUUUGCCUAAAGAGAUCGAGAACCUUUUGAAUUUGAAACACUUCUCCGUUGAAGAUUGUCCACUGACUCGACUCCCAGAUUCCAUAUGGAAGUUGAAAUCAUUACGUGAGUUGCACUUGGACAUUAGACUAAAUUCAUGGGAGUUACCUAGUCCUAUAAUGCUUUAG